GCAUUUAGUGUGAUGAAGAAGAGGAGAUAAUAUACAGGAAAAAAUAAAAAAAUAUAUCGAAGAGCCAUUUUGGAAAAUACAAUUCCGCCAUAUUUUACCGGCUUUUUUCAAAAUAUUUACAUUUUUAUAAAAUGUAAACAAACCCAAAAGUUGUAUAAGUUUUGAAAUUAUAAAAUAAAACCCAGAUAUUAAGUGAAAGGUCGCCUGUGUCGCAGCCUCAAAAAGUAUAUAGAGACAGACGAGUGGUUCUAGCAACGCGUCUGCAAACGACAAAAGUAGUGAAAAAAUCAAAACAAACGAAAUUAUAUACAAUGAUGAACGGCCACAAUUUCGCCUUGGGCUCUGGCAGCUCAGCACCCAUUGUGAAUAAUUUGUCAUUGGCAUCGGCCGCAGUGCCUGUCUCUCAUAGUGCUACAACUUCACCUUUGUAUUUCACCCACAUCUUACCGAGCAGCACCACAAUAAUCGAACAGCCUUAUUCCACGGAUCUAGAAGAGCAAAUUGGCAGCAGCUGUGGUGCGGUGGGCGAAAGUUUUCUAAUCGAAGAAAUCAUCGAUGAACGUGAUGAAGAGGGUAACAUAGUCAUAGACACGGGCGAAUUCUUUAUAUCCGGCGACAGUAUACAAUAUUAUGCAGUUCCUGAAUCGAUGCCGCCUCAAAUAAUAAUGCAGCCCUCGAAUUCAUCGUCUACAGAUUCGCUAGCAGCCUAUACGGCCGAAUGUGUUGUGCAGGGUGGAGGAGCCGGCGAAGAAAUCUUACCGGACUCUACGGAUGCUAAUGAAGUGUUUGAUGAAUACGUUACGGCGCAAUUAAAUCUGGACAGUAAUCAGUUUGAUAUAACAUCCCAACACCUGAUGGCAGCAAGUCACAUUAAAAUGGAAAAUUUAGUCGACCACAGCCACAAUCCAUUGGGAAUUAAGCAAGAGAGGUCGGACGACCUCAAUUAUACGUGUAAAAACAAUAAGGAAAGAAAAGAGAAACAGCGAUUAAAUGAAAAACUAAAAAAGUCACAAACUACCAAACGUUGGAAGCAGACAAAAGUACCCAUACGCAUAACACAAGAUGAAUUCAAUGUCACCCUGUGGUCAGCACUCAAUUCAGAAGAUGAAGAUGGAGAAGAGGAAGAUGUCGAAGAAGAGCCCGAAGAAAAUAAUAUUGAAAGCGAGCUUGAUAAUGUUAACAUGAAAAAGGAGUCAUUUAACUUGGAAACUAAUGAAAUGUUAUUGAAAUCCAGCACACUAGAAGAAGCGGAACAACAGGUGCAGCACAUUUUAAUGAACGAAACUAGUAGCAAAGUUCAUGUACAUGAAGGCCUCUCGCCGGCGGAAUAUGUCAUAGUUCCAGAUCCAUUUACCGGUGAUAUAGUCGAAGAAGAAGUAGAAACAGCAAAUGAGAGUAUUAUCGAAGAUAUAAAAACUGAAGAAACCCUAUUAAGCACUAAAUCAAAUGAUUUUACUUUAAUACAAGAUCAAGAUCAUCAGAUAAACGAUACUGAAUUAACAGAAACUUUUCCAACUGCACCAACCGUCUUCAACAAUUGCAAUAACCUAUUAGCAUGUCCGCAAACGUCUCCUGAGGUAGAGGCAACAGUCAAACUGAAAAGUCUGCCGGCCAAAAAAGCAAUAAGCACGCCCGCAAAGAAACCCCCAAGUGCUACUACAUCUACUACCACAUCAUCACCACCACCAGCAACUGCAAAUACACCUGCUUACACAACAUCUGCCACCGAAUCGGGGACAGUGACGGUGUUUCGUUGUACAUUUCGAAACUGUAAUAAAGAGUUUCGCAAUCACUCAGCCAUGCGUAAACACUCUGCAACCCAUGGGCCGCGCGGUCAUGUCUGCGCUGAGUGUGGCAAAUCUUUUGUAGAAAGUUCAAAACUAAAACGUCAUCAAUUGGUGCAUACGGGCGAAAAACCUUUCGAGUGUACAUUUGAAGGUUGUGGUAAACGUUUCUCCCUCGACUUUAACUUGCGUACACAUGUUCGUAUACAUACGGGUGAUCGACCCUAUCAUUGUCCAGUCGAAGGUUGCCACAAAUGUUUCGCCCAAUCCACAAAUCUCAAGAGUCACAUGUUGACUCAUUCAAAACCGAAACGUAAAUGGCCCAGGCCGGUUAAUAAUAAACCCCUACUAGCACGAUAUGGCCGUCUUGAAUUGGGUGAAAAUCCUGAUUUGGUAUAUUUGGAAACUAACGAACAAUACGGCCCUAUUUUAGACAAUUCAAACAUACUACACUCACAUAAUAAAAUGCUAUCUAUUGGCUCGUUGGCCAACAUUAAACAUGUACUUCAAAAGGAAUUAUUUAAUGGGUGCGGUGAGCGACUGCUCUCCGUGGUGACGGUAACGAAAACCUUCAAAAAGAAACGGGCCUGCUAUUUAUGCGUUGCCACGACACCACCACCCGUACCACAAGUCACAGUGUGUCUGGUAAAACAGGCCGAACAGAAAGAUGGUGAUUAUAAGAAGAAACGUGUCUGGCAAUUGGACGAAAUCAAAUGGCUAGACGGCCGUAGUGAACAGUUCGAUAUUCAUGAGUUCGAUGUACAGGUUGAGAAACUAUACAAAUGGUAUGCACUUAACUUGCAUGAGCGGCAAAAUUUUAUUGCUGUUCUGUAUAAGCAAAUCCAUAAAUAUGCUCGUGGUGCUAAAGCAGAAUUUCGCAAUAUUCCAACGGCUUGGCUAAUGGAUAAAUCACCGGAAAAAUUAAUGGGUAUGGAUGGUAGUGGUGGAGGUCGUGGUAGUAUACGUAGUUCAUCGACUGUUCGUGACGGCAGUGGACGUGGUGAAGGUUUGCGCAAAAACGGUGGCGAAACUGAAGACGAAGAAGAAAUGGAAUUUACCGAAUUUACUGCUUUGACCGAUAAAGAAGCUUCGGAAUUGUCGAAACUUUUUAAUGAAUGUGAUUAUGCGGUAAAGGAUGCCGAAUUGCUAAUUGAAAAGUUAUCAAAAGAAUUACAUGAUUUAGAUGGUGCAAAUAUGCAAUCAGUAUUAGCUUCGGAAAAACAAGUUAUGCUUUUAAUGGAACACAUUGAUAAAGCUAUUGGUGAAGCUGAUAAAUUCGAAGAACGUUUAGAUUCCUAUGAGGAAAUUUUGGGUCACGUUAAAGAGACCAUGGAAAAGAUUGGUGGCAAAAAUGCCAUGAUUAAAAUUGCCAACAAUAAUAAUAUUAAGCUUAAGGAGGAAUUAAGUCAAAUUAUAUCCCAGUUGGAUUUCCCAAUUGCCUAUCAACAAAUAUUGCAAGCACCCGAUUUAAAUACACCAGAAGGUCGUAAAGCUGCCAUAAUUGCUGCACAAAGCUUACAGCAGGCCUUAAAUAGUGAUAUUGAUCCUUCGCUUCAGCGAUUGGUCGCAGUGCGUGAUCAAAUGAAACGUUUUGAAAACUGGAAAAAGAAUUUCUUAGCGCCUGUGAAAAAACAUUUAAAUUGUCUUUUCAUACAUUUGUCCAAUGAAAUUGGUGAUAUGUCCUUAUCGAGCACAGAGCUAGUAUUGCCGAAUCAUUCGUCAGUGCAUCAACGUUUAACACCCCACACGGAAUUGAUGCAUUGGAUAAAGGCAAUGGAUCGUACGAUAUACGAUGGUCUAACCACGGUCUACACUAAUUCUUUGAGUAAAAUUUAUGAGCGUGAUAUAAGAAAUUUUUUCACUUUGGCUAAAAUACAAAUUUCGGAAAAAUUACGCAAUUCACGUGAAGAUUUAGAUCUGUCGACAUCUUCUACUUCUAAGAAAGCUGCUGUAUCCUCCGUACCCCAUGGUACACUGGGUGUGAAUCGUGAACAAUGGGGUCCUGGUGUAGAUGCAGCUGAUCGAGAACGUUUUGAUGCGGUUUUGGAAAAGGUCUUAGCUGAAUUGGAACCUAUUGCUUUGCAAGAACAAAAAUUCUGCAUUAAUUUCUUUCAAAUGGAUGUGUUAAGUCCCUCAGCAAAAAGCGCUAAUUUAGAUGUAAUGGAAAAAAGUGUUGAUAUGUCACAGUCUAUGUUACUAUCACCAUCUUCGGUCAGUGGUGCUGGAGAUGCACAAUUUCCACAAAAGAAAAUUGAUCGUCAAAUCAAUGAAGAAGUUCGUAAGUUAAUGAACGCUUUGUUUGGCUGUCUGGAACAGGAACUUAUUAAUUUCAUACAAAGUUUUGAACGUUUUGAUUGUUUCUAUUCUCUUUAUGUAUUGGAACGUUUAAAUCAACAUGUCAUGUCCGCCCAAGAUACACAUUCCUUUUUAAGCAUGACCUUUGCCUCGGUACUGGUACAUGUUAAACGUAAUUUUGAUCGUUUUAUGCAGCAACAAUUACAAUCUAUACGUGAUGCCAAAUUGCCUAAACGCUCGAAAUGCGGCAUCUUACCGUAUGUGGAAAAUUUCGAAUAUUUCUCACAAACAACCGAGGAUUUCUUUAGGAAAUCAACACGUCGCACCGAUGGAGAAAAGUAUAUACAAUUGAUAAAUGCCAUAUUCGAGGGCAUUAAUACACAUGCCAAGGAUCAUCCUAAAACACCACUACAAGUGGUGCGCAUGGAAAAUUAUCAUCAUAUGUAUUCACUGUUGGCACGCUUAAAGGUACUCAGUUUGGAUGAGCUAAAGAAAGAGGCCAAGUCGCGUUACAACGAAGCCUUAACGAAUUAUGUUAUACAGUAUUUUGGCAGACCAUUGGAAAAAUUAAAUCUCUUUUUUGAAGGUGUACAACAGAAAAUUGCCCAGGGGGUAAAGGAAACAGAAAUAAGUUAUCAAAUGGCUUUUUCCAAGCAAGAGUUGCGCAAAGUUAUCAUACAAUAUCCAGCACGUGAGGUGAAAAAGGGUUUGGAAAAUCUCUAUCGCAAAGUGGAGAAACAUUUGUGCGAAGAGGAGAAUCUUUUGCAAGUAGUAUGGCAUGCUAUGCAGGAAGAAUUCAUUGUACAAUAUAAAUUCCUAGAAGAGCGUAUACAGAAGUGUUAUGCCGGUUCUAUGAUUAGUUUAGAAUUUAAUAUACAAGACAUUUUAAAUUUCUUUUCAGAUAUAGCGCGUUCCCAUUAAAGUGUUAUUGCAUACAUUUAAAUUUUAAUUUAUACAUUUAUUUAUUGAUAUUAAACAAAUAAAGAAAAUUAAAAA